AAUUGAAGUAUGAAUAACUGUGGUACAAGAAUACCUUUAACAUCAAAUAAUGACAAUAUCGUAACUGGUAAUACAUAUAAUUUAAAUCCAAUUGGUUCAGAUGGAGAUAAUAAAGUUAAAUUAAACAAUUCACAACUCUUGUCUGUAGAUGGUUGGGAGAAUUAUCAAAAAGAACUUAUACAGUUAUGUUUUGAAUUUUGGGAAGUAAAUGAAACACAAGUUAAAGUAAACAAUAGUUUACAGUCUGAUUCAACAAAUGAGCUACAAACAUCGUUAUUUUCCGAUAAUUAUCAUAGAAAUAUCUUUGAAUUUGAAUCAAAACCUACUACCGAUAAUGUUAUUACUAUUUCAGAUAAAGUUCAAAACAAAGUAUGCGUCGAGAUUAAUGAUGAUUCUUUAAAAAGUAAACAUGAAAACAACCCAGAUAAUCAAGGAUUUUAUAAAGCUAUCAAUAACAAUAUAGAUGGGAAAACAAAUGAAAAUAGUUUAAAAGCUGUUGAUAAUAGAGUAAAUAAAAGAGUAAAAAAAAAAUUGAAAACAUUUUCUUUUUAUAAAAAUACGAGCCAACAAGUCAAACCAUCUAAAAAAAUACAGCCAUUAACUUUUGAUAGUUAUACAUCAUGCACUUUGGAAGACUUAUGGAAAUAUAAAAAAUGGUUGGACUCCGUUGAUAAAGUUAAAAAUCAUAGUCCAGAUAUUGAUGUUAAUGAUGACAAUAUCAAAGAAAAUAACUAUUCUAAUAAAGUAUACUGUGAUAAAACGAACAAUUGCAAUACCUAUUUAUUAGAUUUCGAAGUAAAAGAAAUGGAACAAAAAGUUCAAAAACUUAUUAAAUCAUUAAACGAGAAGGAUAAAUUGUUCUCAAGUACAGGAAUAAAUGAGCAAUCGACUAAAUUUGGAUCGUCAAAUAAAUUUAAAUAUUUUUUAAAAAAUGCUUUUCGAGGAACUCAGGAUGAAUUAGAUACACAAAUUUUAGAUAACUACACAAAAUUUAUCAAUCAUAAAUUGCAUACAUGGCAAAGUUUAUUGAAUUGUUUAGAAGAUAUUAGACAAAGAAAUUCUUCUAAAAUAAAUACUUGUAAUCCUUUGGAAGAUACAAUUAAGUAUAGGUUUUCUGAAAUAAAUUUUCACGAUUUUAAAAUGACGGAUGACUACGAUGACAAUAAUUGCAAAUUUGUCGAGAUCAGCGAUAAUUUUAGUGAAAUGGUAAAGCUAAAAAAAAACAAAUUCUUCAAAUUGCUCAAUAAAACAAAAAAUACUAUAGAUAUGCGUACAUUAGUUAAACGGACUACAGAACAAAAUAGUACCGAUUACAUCCGAGUAAAUAAUUACCAAUGUAUAUCGAACCAAGUCAUCGACAGUAAAAUGCCUAAAAUGGACACUGAGAUUUUAGACGUGGGUAAAAAUCGGAAAACUUCGGGUCAGAUUAGGAAAAGCUUAUCAGAUACUAAUCUGCUAGUCAUAACAUCAAAUUACAACAAUAAAUCAAAACAAAUUGGAAAAAAAGCCACCGGAAUCAUCGGAAAAAAACUAAUCUGCAUAGAAACUUCAACAUCAAACGAAGAAUACAAUCGUCGUUGGGAUGAUGUGACUAAAGAAUUGUGGGAAGAACGGCAGGAGACCUUCCAGACAGCUGUGGCUCGUUUAGAGUACGUAGGAAGCACAUUUAAGGAACAAUGUCGAUUAGAUGGACUGAAAACCUUAUGCAAAGUAGAUGUAUUGGCGGGCUUUGGGUAUUCAGCCGAAGCUGUCGAUCUUUUUGUGUCCACUCUGCCAUUAAGUAAGAAUCCUGAUCUAAUGAUUCGAAAAGCCGAAGCAGUGUACGAUUGGAAGUUUUUCUGUCAUCUUUCUUUGUGGCGUUAUUCUUAUAAGGAUUGAAAAAUAAAUUAAACGUUGCUUUAUUAUGUAUAUUAUAAUAUAUUAUGAUGUACUAGUAUUUGCCAAUUGUCACUAUAUAUAGUACCCUUUCGAUACCUAUUAGAUAUACAUAUACUACCAACUUCUUAUUUUGAGGAUUGUAUUUGUAAAUAUUUAAUAUCUAUAAUCUAUAAUCUACAUACCUACUUACGUGUUAUUGUAUUAAUAGCAACUAUAUUAAUACAUUA